AUGGCGGCCGUGGGGGGCGGCGGAGUGAACCCCUUCCUCAGUGACUCGGAGGAGUCAGACCCCGAAGACACCAGGCCCGGCGGCGGCAGCAGCAGCAGCGACCCGGGGGAUCGAGCGGGAAGCAUUAGCACUCUUGAUUCUUUGGACUUUGCAAGAUAUUCAGAUGAUGGAAACAGGGAAGCAGAUGAACGGGUGGCUGAAAAUGAAGUUCCUUUACAGGAACGGAGAAAUUACAAAUCAAGUCCUGAAAUUCAGGAACCAAUUAAACCUCUUGAAAAAAGAGCUCUAAACUUCUUAGUCAAUGAAUUUUUAUUGAAGAAUGGGUACAAGCUUACUUCAAUAACUUUUUCAGAUGAAAAUGAUGAUCAAGAUUUUGAGCUGUGGGAUGAUGUAGGGCUGAACAUUCCAAAGCCUCCUGAUUUGCUACAGCUCUACCGUGAUUUUGGAAAUCAUCAUGUAACUCCAAAAGAUGUUGUGGAUAUAGCUGUUGGCACUGAAGAGGAUGAACUGGAGGCAAGCACUCCUAUCCUGGAGAACAUUCCUGUAUUUGGAACACCAGAAUCAAUAGAGCAAUGUGUAAUGGUGCAGAAAUUAGAAGAUCAAAUUAAUGCGUUAAGCACUGAAAAGUGGUCUCUUCUGGAACAAAUACGAAGACUUGAAAGUGAAAUAGAUUACUUAAGAAGUGAAAAAACUCAGUUUCCAAUGAUAAGUGACUUGGUCCAGUCAUCUUCAGGUCAAGUGCCUCUCACAGUCCCAGAUGAUAAUGGGAGAUAUUUAGAUAUCCAGAGUUCAGCUAAUGAGGAUAAGCAUGCUCAGUCUGAAGAAAAAAAGAUUUUCACAGAACCUGAGUCAAGGUCCUCUAAAGAAGAUGCUCGAAUAUCUCUCCCUUUUAAGGAGAGGGAGAAAAUUCCACCUUGCUUUCCAACAAAUAAAAGUGCUGUACACUUUGAUAAACCCAACAGUUAUUGAAGCAAAUAGAUCUCCAUUAAUAUCAGCUUUCCAGUUACGUUCCAUUAUGUUCCCUCCCCUUCUUACUUCAUCACUUCAGG